AUGGAAUCCAGCUCCUCUCAACUCACAACUGCCAGCGAAAAAGCUCUUAUUGCUGAAAAUGUGAUCGACAUCACUCUCGAUCACUUACCUCGGGACGAAUCUUCACUCAAUGCUUCUUCCAGCUCUUCAAUUUCACUCCACGACGACACUGAUCGCUUUUUACUGAUCCAAGAAUUGAAAGAAAUCAGUUUAAAACGAAAAUUAGCUGAAAUUCAAAAUCGCUUCAUUCGCCGCAAGCUCACCACUUAUUUCAAAAAGAAGAAAAUUAAUCGCGCAUUCAUCGAUGGAGCAAAAUCCGACAUGGCUGAGCAUGAAGUGCGGUAUGAAGACUCGCUCCAAGCAUUUAUUCGAACAUGUGAGGAUGAGUCACAAAUUACUGAAGCCUUGAAAAACGUUGAAAAUCAUCAAAAUGAAGUUUUGAAUUACAAAAAUGAGCUUCAAAAAGAGGUUUCUGAGUACGAAAAUGCUUUGAUGGAAACUGGUUUGACCUUGAUAAACGACAAAACGGGCGAAAAUUUGUCAGAAAAACUCAUCCAAGGCAUUUUAACGCGUCAAAAAAAGGCACGCGAAGCUCUUUCCGUACAAAGAUUGGAAUUUAUUUUAGCAGAAAAGCACGCGAAUGACACCCAACGAAAACUUUUGGAGCUCGAUGACCUCGGAGAUGGGCUUUGCAUGGCAGAUUUCGAACAACUUCGCACCGAAUUGCAAUAUUUAACGGACAAAAUUGAGGAACGCAACUCAGAUUUGAAUCGUUUACGCUUGAAAUGCGAGGCAGACACACAAAAACUCGCAAAUAUCCGCGAAAAAAGGGAUGUCGUCUUGCAAAUUAUUGAUACGAAGGAAAUUGAAAACGUCGAUUUUGAAAAAGAACAACAACAGAUAAGGGAUGAGCUGAAUAAAUUACGCGUCGAUUACGGAAUGUUGAAGAAAAAAUUGGAUCAACUCAAUAAUGACAGCGGAUUGCUCAACAGAAUGCCUUUGUUGCUGGAUUUCGAUGCCACAGUUGAGAAAAUUCAAGAGCUCAAACUCGAAAAUGAUGUUUUGCAUAAAAUUUUGUCAUAA